AUGAGUGCUAUUGUUUCAAAUAAUAAUGAUACCACAUCAACAUAUCAUUAUAAAAAUUCAAAUAGAAAAUUGAAAAGAAAUAAAAAAGAUGAAACAAAUUUAAAUAAAAAUAAGAAAAAUAAAAGUAAAGCACAUCAAAGACAUGAUUCUAAAAAAAACCAACGUUCAAAAAAUAUAUCAAAUGAUUGGUCAACAUCAUUUGAAGAAGAAGAAAAUGAUGAAGAUAAUAGUAAUAAUACAUUAUGUGAACAAUUUCAAUUUAAAAAUAUUUCAAAGGAUAUGAAAAAACCUAUUAUUAUGAUAAAUCAAGAAAUUCAAACCGAUCCACCAUUAGGUAAACAUAUUGAACAACUUUUCUUCACUAAACCAUCUAAGAGCUCGUCUAGAUAUAAUUCAAUUUGGAAUGAUAAUAUAAAUAAACAAAAUAAUAAUUUUGAAGAUUUUAAUUCAAAUAAGAUUAAUUCAACACCGAUUAAAGAAAGACGGUGGUCUGGUGAAACUGUAUUUUCUGAAACUUCUUUGUUAUCGCCAUUUAAUUCUCCUAGACAAUCAAUAUCUGGAUCAACUUUACCCAAUCCAGAUCUUUUCAUCCAAAACAAAGCUAUUACAACAUCAGAAGAUAGUCUUAAUAAACAAUCAAUUCGAUUCAAUCAUUUAAAUUAUGGAGAUGAUCAAAUAUAUAGGAUACCAUUUGAUUCGAAUACUCAACAAGAAAAUGAAUUACAAAUAGCUAUUAAAAAAUUAACAGAAUUGUGUUCUCCUCUAUCACAAAACAAUACAACUACUGAGAAAGGUGUUAUUUGGUCAGAUAUUCCUUCAUGUUGUCAAUAA